CUCACGUCUCAAGACAUCUCGCAGCCAGCUGAAAUCUCUCCACAUCAACAAACUCCAAGAGCCUGCGGACUAAAUUAAUUUGUGGUGGCCUCAAACAAAAAAUCAGAACUCCUGAUUCCUGUAUGGACCACAGUGCAGAUGGUGGCCAUAAUGUAGACCUAACCACAUAUGCCUUAUAUAUGCUAAGUAGGCUAAGCUCUUCUCAGGAUGAAGACAGUGACCAACAUGGGCAGUUAAGAAAAACAGGCUAGUUAUCUAGUUAUCUGCUGUGUGGAGGACAGAAGGUUUGUGAAACCCCAGAGCAGCCCUCCUCUCUUCCCACUCAGGCAGUCCAGCAGGUUUCCAGCACUAUGGCUGAAGAAGACUAUGGCAGCUUUGUGGACUGGAACCAGAUGGGGGAUCUGGCCAAGAGCAGCGGGCCCACCAAGGUAGACUGUAAAGACCUGAAAGAGUUCAAACAGAUGGCUCGGCAGGGUUACUGGGCCAAAAACCACAAACUACGGGCACAAGUCUACCAGCAACUCAUCAAAGCCAUUCCCUGUCGUACAGUUACUCCAGAUGCUGAAGUAUAUCGUGACAUUAUGGGAAAUGCAGCCACUAAGAAGCCAUCCUCCCACAUCCCGCUGCCAGAGUUUGUGGAUGGAAAUCCUGUGCCACGGUACUGUCUGAAGGCAGAGGCGGUAGCCUCAGCCCAUCAGAUUAUCAACUGCCUGGCUGGACAGUUUCCAGAUAUCUCCCACUGUCCAUCACUUCCAGCUGUUACUUCAUUGCUUCUGCACUUCAGCGUAGAUGAAGCACAAUGUUUUGAGCACGUCAGCCGCAUACUGGCCUGCAACGAGCCAGGCAAGCGACUGCUGGACCAGACUUUCUUGGCCUAUGAGUCUGGCAGCAUGACUUUUGGUGACCUGGCCAACAAGUACUGCGUAGCCGCCCACAAACUGAUUGUAGCCACAGCCCAGGAUGUGCUUGAAGUCUACACAGACUGGCAACGUUGGGUGCUUGGUGACCUGCCUUUCAGCCAUGUGGUCAGGGUCCUGGAUGUCUACCUAGUGGAGGGCUACAAGAUUCUGUACCGUGUGGCUAUAGCCUUGCUCAAGUUCUAUCGCAAGCAUAAAGCAGGAGCCCAGGGGGGCCAGGACAACCAGCAGCAGCAGGAUUCAAGCAAAGUCAGGGCGGACAUUCAGGCUUUCGUCAGGGGCAUUGCCUCCACCGUCACACCUGACAAGCUGCUAGAGAAGGCCUUCUCCCUCCGCCUGUUCAGCCGUAAGGAGAUCACUCUGCUGCAGCUCACAAAUGAAAAGUCCUUGCAGCAGAAGGGAAUCACUGUCAAACAGAAGCGUUCUAGGCGGAACGUGCAGCUGGCGCUCAACCCUGAUACCUUCUCCUCUGAGAUUGUCAGUCCCAAGGAGAUGCGGGACAUCUGGUCGUGGAUCCCUGAGCGCUUUGCCCUGUGCCAACCACAGCUCCUCUUCACCACAUCCACCCAUGGUUGCAGCCUGAACAGAUUCUACUCACACUGUGAAGGCUACGAACCCACACUUCUCCUCAUCCGGACCACAGAUGGUGAUGUGUGUGGAGCCUUCCUAUCUACAGAUUGGGAGGAGCGGAAGAGGGGAGGCAACAAAUUGAGCUUCUUUGGCACGGGGGAGUGCUUUGUCUUUAGGUUGAAGCCAGAGGUAGAGCGCUAUGAGUGGGUGGUGAUUCGUCACCCUGAGCUAGCCUCCUCCAUCAAGACUGAGGGUCAAGAGGACACUGCCUCCUCUGAUGGCCAAAAUUUGGACAACAACAGCUUACAGCAGCCAGAGAAACCUGUUGGAGAUCUGUCGCCCUUCCUCUCGGCUCGCCACUUCAACCUCAACUCCAAGAAUACUUCCAUGUUCAUGGCCGGAAACUUUGACUCCAUUAUAGUGGGGGGAGGCGAAGGCAACGCUCUUUACAUUGACUCAGAACUGAACCAUGGGCGCAGCAGCAGGUGCGCCACCUUUGACAACCCGCCCCUGUGUGCAGAGACCUUCCAAGUUUCACUGCUGGAAGUAUGGGGUUUCCAGGAUGCCAUGGCCUCAUAAUGCUGUACACAUAAACACACACUGUACAUUCAUGUAGGUCCAUACAUAGCACAGCACAUAGGUUCAUGUUAAUGCAGACAGAUUUAACACUUAAACAUAUUAAAGCAAAAAGUCAUGAUCAAAAAUUCCAGCAAAGUGUUUGAGGUGGAAAAUGCAGAUAUGCAAACAGAAUUUAAUCCGUCCUACAAAUUUCUUUAUGAUUACCUGUUUUUUAUUUAUUAAAGCAGUUAAUCCAAAUUAUAUGAACAAAAAUGUGAUAUUUUUUUGUUGGUUUUUGUGUUUAUUUUUGUAUUUACAGAUUUGUAUAAUGGUGUACUAAUUUUGUUGAAGUGUGUGAUCAAAUGAAGGAACUCUAGAUAAAGCUGAUGUGAGGAUUAUCUAGAGGGCUUUGUGAUGUCGGCUGUGAUGUAUUCAUGUUCAUGCUGAGCUGCAAUAUUUAAAUUUCUGAAUGUAAAUUCAGCACUUAAUGUUCUGUGGUUUAGCUCAGUCUGCCAAAUUUACUGUUUACCAGGCCAUGUUGAUCAACUGAGGUUUAUGAUAAAGUGUGUGAGGUCAAGUCCUUGUUUGGUGAUAAGUGUUUUUAAAUGUUGAACGAGCAACACUAAGAUGUAGUAAAGUUGCGCCAGUUCAGCUAGAUUUGGCUCAAGUCCUGUUUCAUUCCCCCCACACUUACUUAUUGUACAUAUGUGGGAGAUCUGCUGAAUUAAUUAAUGUGAUAAAUGUUUGUAUCAGUGGUGAAUUUGAGUGUUGCCAUUUUGCACCAUAUGUCGAAGCUUUUUUUUUUGAAUGAGUGGCAGCGUCCCCUUUGUAUAGUAAAUGAAUACUCAUGUGAAUAACAGUUCAAAUUUUUUAAAAGUAAAAACUCAGAAGGUGUUUCUGAUUUUACAAAUAGUGGUGAUAAAUCCAGUUUGCUCAUUCCUCUCUUCUUCUGACCAUCUUCCUGUAACUUCCGUCCUUUCUCCUGUGAAAACAGUAACAAAAGAAGUCCAGAACUGUGCUGUGUUGGCAAAACAUUGUGGGGUUAUACAACCUAUCUGUAUCUGUAUGUUCAGUUAUGUGCUCCAGUGAAACAUGAGCUGAGUAACUACAAAUGUAUUCUACAUGUGAAAAUACAGCAAUGCGCUUUCAGUA